CACACGAGAAAAAGAAAGGCAAAAAAGAAGUCAACCACUCUCACUGAGCAUUGAGAGCUCGUGCUCGCCACUUAGCAACAACCACUUCCAUUCAUUGGGGAGGGAAAGCGGCAAAGCACCAGCCCAGCCAGCGCGGCGCCAAACUCCACCUACCGACGAGAGAGAGAGAGAGAGAGAGGGGGAGGGCAUGGCCGCCGCCGCCGCCGUCGCCGCCGUCGCCGCCGCGGCCGCGGCCGCGGAGCCCACCGUCUCCAAGUCGGCGCCGGAGCUGGUCCCGCCCGCGGGGCCCACCCCGCGCGGCGCGCUGCCGCUGUCGUCCAUCGACAAGACCGCCGCGGUGCGCGUCUCGGUGGACUUCAUCCAGGUGUUCCCGCCGGCGACCGGCGGGCCCGCGGCGGACGGCCAGGAGGACGCCGUGGCCAGGAUGCGCGACGGGUUCGCGAGGGCGCUCGUGCCGUACUACCCGGUGGCCGGCCGGAUCGCGGAGCCGGCCCCCGGGGACGUGGUGGUGGACUGCACCGGCGAGGGGGUGUGGUUCGUGGAGGCCACGGCGAGCUGCACGCUCGCCGACGUGAACAACCUCGAGCGCCCGCUCCUCAUCGCCAAGGAGCACCUCCUCCCUCGCCCUCCGCCCGAGGAGAAGCUCGAGGACCUCAUCCUCAUGGCUCAGGUGACCAAGUUCACCUGCGGCGGAUUCGCGGUGGGGAUCUGCUUCAGCCACCUGGUGUUCGACGGGCAGGGCGCGGCGCAGUUUCUCAAGGCGGCGGGCGAGAUGGCGCGGGGGCUCCCGGCGCCGUCGGUGCCCCCGGUGUGGGACCGCGACGCGAUCCCCGACCCGCCGAAGCCCCCGCCGCGCGGGCCGCCGCCGUCGUUCACGGCGUUCAACUUCGUGACCCAGGUGGUGGACGUCUCGCCGGAGUCCAUCGCGCGGAUCAAGGAGGACUUCAGCGCCUCCCCGACGGGCGGCGGCCAGGCCUGCUCCACCUUCGACGCCGUGACCGCCGUGGUGUUCAGGUGCCGCGCGCUCGCCGCGUCGUCGCUCCCCGACGACGCCGAGGUCCGCCUCGGGUUCGCCGCCAGCACGCGGCACCUGCUCGCCGGCGUUCUCCCGGCGGUGGACGGGUACUACGGCAACUGCGUGUACCCGGUGGGGAUCGCCCGUCACCGCGGCGCGGUGCGGGGCGCGGCGCUGGCGGAGGUGGUGGGCGUGGUGCGGGAGGCGAAGGAGGCGCUCGCGGCGCGGUUCACGGACUGGCUCGGCGGCGGCGGCGGCGGCGACCACUACGACGUGCCGCUGGACUACGGGACGGUGACGGUGUCGGACUGGAGCCGCGUGGGGUUCAACGAGGUGGACUACGGGUUCGGCGAGCCCGGGUACGUGUUCACGCUCAACGACGACGUCAACAUCGUCGCGUCGGUGAUCUACCUCCGGCCGCCGGCGCCCAAGCGCGGCAUCCGCCUCAUGCUCCGCUGCGUCGAGGAGCCGCACGCCGCCGCCUUCGCCGACGAGCUCGCCAAGUUCGCCUAGAUAUACGUGCCAUAUUGCCAUGACGAUGUGUGUAAGGAUCUCAUCUCAUAUCAUUUGGGUCACAAGUUCACAACCCUGCUGCUGCUGGUUUGUGCAUGUAAAAUUCGAUCAACGUUGGAAUUCGUGACGUUUAUUCGUGUCUUAACGAGACGUUAUGUCGUAACUUUGGCGCGAGAGGGAAUAAAAUCCAGUGAAGUCUCUGGUUUACAUCUA